CACCAGCACCAGCACCAGCACCAGCACCAGCACCAGCACCAGCACCAGCAGUGACAGCAGCAGCACCACCAGUGACCGCAGCCGCCCCACAGACUCUCACGCCCACACCGCCACCAACAUUGCUACCACAGGCUCCAUCGCAGAGCACCCCCUUGUCCUCACUAGAACCAACUGCCUUCGAGCACAAGUUCCAAAUCCUCCUCUCCCAGCCCAACAUCGACCUCGACUCGCUGCGCAGGCUCAGCUGGAAAGGCAUCCCCGCAAAGUCCCGGCCCACGUCCUGGCGCCUCCUCAUGGGCUAUGGCCCACUCAACUCCACGCGCCGCCAGGCCACGCUCCAGCGCAAGCGCAAGGAGUACCUCGACUGGCGCACACAGACGUUUGGCCGCGGCGAGGACGCGCUGGACCGACAGCUCUGGCACCAGAUCCGCAUCGACGUGCCGCGGACACAGCCCGGGUGCGCCGAGUUCCACGAGGAGCGGCUGCAGAGAAGCCUGGAGCGCGUACUGUACUGCUGGGCAGCACGCCACCCGGCCAGCGGCUAUGUCCAGGGGAUCAACGACCUGGUGACGACGUUUUACCGCGUGUUCAUGCAGGAGGGGCCGAGCGUGGAUUUUGAGGUGGUCGAGGCCGACAGCUUCUGGUGCCUAACCAAGCUUCUGGACGGCAUACAGGACAACUACACGCACGCGCAGCCUGGCAUCCAGAGGCAGAUCGUGCGCAUGAAGGAGCUGGUGGCGCGCAUCGACCGCGACCUUGCUGCCCACCUGGACGCGCAUGGCGUCGAGUUUAUUCAGUUUGCUUUCCGCUGGAUGAACUGCCUGCUGAUGCGCGAGCUCAGCCUGGACUGCGUCGUGCGCGUCUGGGACACGUACCUGGCAGAGGGCGGCGGCGCCCAGGGCUUCUCGGCCUUCCACACGUAUGUGUGCGCGGCGUUCCUGCUUCGGUGGAGCAGGGAGCUGCGCGCGAUGGACUUCCAGGAGAUCAUGGUUUUCCUGCAGCGCCCGCCGACUGCCGCAUGGACAGACCGCGACGUCGAGCUGCUUCUCUCAGAGGCCUACGUCAUCAAGUGCCUGUACGACGGGUCGCCGAGCCAUUUGCGCUGAGCACGGAGACAAAAGUAGAAUGGAGCAGGUGAAGCAGAUGAAGCAGAUGAAGC